AUGAGUCCGAUUCAUGUGGACCCGGUUGCCAAACCGAGCGAAAGCCCAGUUAUUCAGGAAAAACGCUUCUCUUCGAAGAAAGUGGACAGUAACGAAAAAGUGAAAAUGAGCGGAGAAAUUACAAAAGCAAGCGCUGAAGAAGUUCAGAAAUCUCCACCUGCUGAUAAGAAAGUCCAUAAAGAGGAAAAUGAGAAACCUAAACCAGAUGCGACACCACCUAAUAUAAAUCAGCCAGAUCCGUUGGGAAGGAAUAAAUCAGAAAACAAUCUUAGAUGCGAUAAUGAUAAACGAGGACCUAUUCCGAAAAGUCAGAAUCCAUCAACAACACUUGCUGUGGCUCGUAAUGCUGAAAAGGCUAUGACAGCACUUGCGCGUUGGCGCCGAAUGAAAGAAGAAGAAGAAAGGGGACCAAUUGCAAAAAGGCCCCACGAUUGUAAAGAUUGUAGAAACGUAAAUGAUGCCGAACGGUUUCGACGCGAAAUUAUUCGCGACGCAUCAAGAAAGCUUGCAGCUAUUCAAAAUCCAGGUCUUGGAGAGUAUAAGUUACGAGAUUUGAAUGACGAAAUCAAUCGAUUAAUUAAAUUGAAAUAUGCUUGGGAAGUUCGAAUCAAGGAACUAGGUGGAACUGAUUAUAGGAAGUACGCUACUAAAGAACUUGAUGCGUCAGGGCGCGAAAUAAAUGACGGCAAAGGUUAUAAAUAUUUUGGUGCUGCCAAAGAUUUGCCUGGUGUUCGAGAACUGUUCGAGAAAAACGCGGAGCACGAAGAAAAUCGACAAAAUCGCCAUGAAAUCAUAAAAAACAUCGAUGCACACUAUUUUGGGUACCUUGAUGACGAAGAUGGUCGUCUCAUUCCACUAGAAAAACUGGUGGAAGAGCAAAAUAUUGAAAAAAUUAAAAAAGAAUUCGACGAGAAGGGUGCUCAAAAUCAAGCUUCACCGGAUGACUACCAAAAUAUUUAUAAAGUCGAAGAGGACGAGGGUGAUCUCGAAACCCAAGAGACAACUGUUAUCGGAGAUGAUGGUCGGCCAAUGACGAUUAAGCACGUUUUGAUUCCAACUCAACAAGAUAUUGAGGAAAUGCUGUUGGAGCAGAAAAAACAGGAACUCAUGGCUAAGUAUCUCGACUGA